AUGUUCAUCCUCACGACCAUCUCAGACCUGGUGCAGAUCUCGCCAGAGGACUUCUCGAAGCUCAGCGCAGUCGCUAUCGAAGACAACAUCAACGAGAAAUACGCCAACAAGGUCAUUCAGAAUGUCGGCCUCUGCAUCGCCUUCUACGACCUCCUGGAGUCCUCGGACGGGCUGAUCGGUCAUGGAACAGGCCUGGUCAACGUCAACGUUAAAUUCCGGAUGAUCGUGUUUCGGCCGUUUAAGGGAGAAGUCAUCAUCGGGAAGAUCACGAAUGGGACAGAGCAAGGGAUUAAAAUUGGAGUUGAGUUCUUCAACGACAUCAUCGUCCCUCCGGACUUGCUGCUGGACGGUGCUAGAUUUGACAUGAAAGACCAGGUCUGGAUAUGGGACAACGGCGAGGGAGGCAUCUUCUACUUCGACGUUGGCGAGACUGUCCGCUUCCGGGUCGAACAAGAGGAAUGGCACGACCAGGUCCCCAGCGGCCCCGAUCUGCAGGACGGGCUCGCAACGCCGGACCGAAAGCCUCCCUACUCGAUCAUCGGCUCAAUGCAGGUUGCUGGUCUCGGUCUGGUAGCCUGGUGGUCGUGA